GACGCGACGUGACGGCUAUGCGCGGGAAUGCUGGACGGCGACCACCGCGCAGCUGACGGCGGCGGCAGACGCGAAACUGAAGGCGAUGGCGGAGACGUGGCUUCGGCCGCCAGCUCGGAGGCCGCAGGGACGGCGGCUGCCGCUCGGACAGAGGCAGCCGUCGAAGAUGUCAGCGACAGCGACAGUGACAGCUUCAGCUGGACCAGCUCCGUGGCCGGCGAGAGCCUGGCGGACGAUGCGGUGCCAGCGAACGCGCUCGCGGCGGUGGGGGUGGACCAGGGGGGCGUGGUCCCGUUCGGGCUGGCAGACCCGCGCCGCCACCUGAGUCCCGGCCCCACCUUCGGCAACGUUGCCGUCGCCAACUCUACCGACGUCCAGUUCGGUAACAAGACGUUCUUCAACGGGCCCGUCACUAUCAAACAGGUGGUAUACGCCAAGGAUGUGGAGGGCGCCGCUGCCACGGCCGUGCCCGCCGCCGGCACGGGCGCUAGCGUCGCGCACGUCGACCCCGCCGCCCCCGACAAGACCGCCGUCGUCGCCGAGGGAGUCCGCCUCAAGGUGCUGCAGCCCAUCGUCGCCAACGGCAAGGCGGCGCGCGCCAACGGUGCUGUUCCUUCCACAAGCAGUGAGUCCGUGACGGGAACCAACUGCUGCGAAAUACCUGGCUUCUCCGGAGCCGGCAAACCAGCCCUGUCGUGGCCUCCACGGCAGUUACCUCACAGUCUCGCCAUCGCCGCCGCCGCAGCCGUCUCGCCGCCGCUGUCGCCACAGUCAAUUCGUCGCCUCCGUCUUCGUCAACGCCGCCGCCAUCACCGCUGUCGUCAGCACCACGUCACUGGGUGUCCCCUGCCAUCUCGGCGACACUUCGUCACCGGUGAAGGAGAGGGCGUCCGCCGGAGCUGGUGGCGCCGCCUGUGGAAGACGACCAGGGAGCGCAACAUGGCGCUUUGCGGCGCGGCAGCGGCGCUGCUGCUGGUGGGGGGCAUCAUGAGCGUGGCCAGCGCGCUCAUCAGGGACUUCAACAGGGCUUCGUACAAGCCCAGCGUGCCCGAGCUGCCCAAGCCCUGGGAGACAGCCGAGACGAACGUGACGCUGAGCGGCAAGCUGUACAUCGUCCCUCGUCGCGACUGGCUGGCUAUGCCGCGGCUGGACCCCCCGGACUACUUGCAUCCGCCGGUGCCCUACGUCAUCAUCAGCCACUCGGCCACAGAGGGCUGCGACACGCAGGCCGCCUGCACGCAGAUGGUGCGCUUCAUCCAGACCUUCCACAUGGAGAGCCGGCACUGGUCCGACGUCGGCUACAACUUCAUGGUGGGCGGCGACGGAUACGCGUACGAAGGCCGCGGCUGGACUGUAGUCGGGGCGCACACCUACGGCUACAACAACCGCAGCAUCGGCCUCAACAUGAUCGGCACCUUCAUCAAAGUGCUACCCUCGGAAGCGCAGUUGGUCGCCCUGCGCCAGCUCAUAGAGUUGGGCGUCCAGGAAGGCUACGUCGCCGAGAACUACAAGCUGCUGGCGCACCGGCAACUGUCCGCCACCGAGAGCCCAGGCACCAGGUUGUAUGAGGAGCUGAAGACGUGGCCCCACUGGUCCCAAACCCCGUGAGCCUUCCUUUCACCUUGUGAAACAUUCGACUUUUCUGAAGUUCGGCCCCUUAUCCUUGAGACCACGAAGCAGGUCUGGUGAACAUUGGAAAUCUUUGACGUCAGGGCCCAAGUCCUCUGAGGCGACAAAUCAGCUCUGGUGCAUAUUGGAUACGACCGACGCCAGUUUCCUGAAACUUAAGUCCUGAUCCGUACUGGUCACCUUUUAUGAGGCCACGGGGCAACAACAUCUAAACAGGCUAACUCAAAGGUGCAAGAGUCAAAUACAAUAAUAUAGUAGAGACUAUGCACGUUCUUAUGCAGACUUACACAGCCAUUGUAACCGAACGUAAAAUCUUCUGGGCGAUCAGGCGUGUUAUUUUCGCCUUGUGCUGCUUCUACAAGCUUCAACUGUCGAAAGCCAGUGAGGACAAUCUCCCGUGUUCUUUCUGAAGAAAUGGCAUUAAAAAUUCCCACGGCUCCGCCUUACAGACCAUGUUAACUGCUCGGUGUUUACCUAUUAAUAGUGCGCUACCUACAACUCAGAUUUUCAUGUGUAGUCAUCGCUAUUAAUCAAGUGCACAAAAACCAAUUAAGGGGGGUAGGACGUCAAACGGGCCGACUUCGAGCAGGAGAAGCACCACAGGACAUUUUAAUUUCUACUGACUAUACUUUUACAAAUAAAUUCAUAAAACUUUGUCAGCAUGACCAGGAAAGAUUGAGGACUCACACUCAUAGCAGUGGAAGUUCAAAAACGCAGUAAAAUACCUUUCUUUUACAUGUGAAAUUUCAUCAUUUUUUCACUUACUACUGGCUGCAUUUGUUUGUGUACGUACACUUUUCUUCCUAAGUAUGAGAGAUUCUUCGAUGAAUUUUGCACAGCAUACAAGCAGUACUUACAGGUGUAUGAAACUCUAGAAUUUUCCAAAUCUAUUAAAAACUGUGGUAAAAAUGGAGAUAAUUAACUAUAAAAUUGGAGUUUUUUCUAAACAUGAAGUUUAAAAUGUAACAGUUCAUUCAUUUUUUCAUAAAUUAAAUAAACUCUAGAGUUUCAUACACAUGUAACUAUAGUUUGUAUGCUGUGCAAAAUUCACCGAAGAAUCUCUUUUACUCAAGAAGAAAAGUGUACCUAUAGCAACAAAUGCAGCCAGUAGAAAGUGAAAAAAAUGAUGAAAUUUCACAUGUAAAACAAUGUAUUUUGCUACGUUUUUGAGCUUCCACUGCUAUGAGUAUGAAUCCUGAAUCCUUCCUGAUCAUGCUUUCAAAGUUUUAUGAAUUUAUUUGUAAAAGUAUAGACAGUGGAAAUUGAAAUGUCCUGUGGUGCCUCUUCUGCUCCAAGUCGGCCCGUUUGACGUCCUACCCCCCUUAAAUUGGCUUACCAGCGGUAUCCUGAGUAUUUGUACCCAGUAACAACUGGUUCACUCUGCUAAAGAAAUCAGAAGACCACUGAAGAAGAUCCCAGUAGAGGGGUCGAAACAUUGAGUAAAAUGGAUUAAUGAUGCAGCCUCAUCAGCGACAAGAUUUCACUUCCAAUGGCCGCUUAAUUAUCACAACUAUCACGACAACUACGUCCACACUGCGAUAGUGUUUUGAGUGACAGUCGAUCCUUCAAAUUCAGAGAAUCGUUAGAUCACAAAUGCAUUGGACACUGUACCAAACGAAAACAAUAUCUGUUAUUCACUGCUGGUGCAGAAUCAAAAAUCGCAAGAACCAAAGUUUGGCAACAUACUUGGUAAAUCGCAUGAAGCAUGGCAUGGCAUGGAAUGAGAAGGUAACUUCCGCAACACAACUACGUAUUCAACGCUCCACUUCAUCAAAAUUAGCAAAACUAAUUCACAAUUAAAUCAAAUGAAGAUACUUUUGUUGAAAAUUCGAACUUACAAGUGUAGGGCUAUUCGCUUCAUCAGCAUUAUGAGUAAUGUACGUUAAAACAGAUUUGUUGUUCACUAAAGGGGCCGAAACAAAACCACCAUCAUCCGAAGAUUUAUGUGUGAUUGCUUUACCAACAAAUUUCGCGGCAGCCGCAGUCUGUCUGCAGUACAUUCCAAAUACUGCAGCUAAACUGUAAUUCGACAGCAACUAAACGUGAAACACAGAGAAAGGGCCUUGAACGUUUCUAAAUGAUGUCCCAUAUGUGAUAUAUAAAUAUCUCGGUUUGUGUUUGAGGUACAAAAGAGUCAUCGAAAACUUGUUCAUCGUUUCCUCAGUGGUGGACGAAUCGCAAUUUUUCUGUGGGCGAUUCCGAUAUAAUUGGAGAAUGUACAUGAAUCUCAUCCAGAAGAUGGCGCACAUAGUGUGCUUUCAUAGCCGAGGUCUACAAAUAUUCUUUUAUAGAUUUUUCUCAGAAAAAUACAAUACUUUAUUCACUUAUUCGAUUUAUACGUCUUCCCUAAUUACAGAUAUGUAAAAUAAGAAGGGAAAAGACGAGAGUGUAAGUUUAUGUAAACAAAUAAUGUAUGAAAGAUGAUUAGAAAUAUAAUUUCUGAUCAUAUUUUUAAAUGCAAUUGUACUUGCAGUGUUUCACAAUAAAACAUGAUGCUUUAUACAAUUA